UACACCUGUAUAUUUGUGGCUUCAGUGUAGUAAUUCAUGGUCUGAAUAUCUUAAUUUGUGGCCUUAAUGGACUAACUUGGGGCCUUAAUAUAUUGAUUAUUGACCUCAAUAUAGCAAUUUGUGGCAUCAAUAUAGCAAUUCAAGACCUUUAUGUAGUAAAUAUUGGCCUCAAUAUCUUAACUUUUUGGCCUCAACAUGGCAAUUUGUGGCCUUAAUAUAGCGUUUUUUGGCUUUAAUAAGAAGUUGUGGCCUCAAUAUAGCAAUUCAUGGCCUUAAUGUAGUAAAUAUUGGCCUUGAUAACUUAUUGGCCUUAACAUGGCAUUUUUUGGUCUUAAUAACAAGUUGUGGUCUCAUUAUAGUAAUUUGUGGCCUCAGUAUAGGGAUUUGUGGCCUGAAUAGAGCAACAAAAGUAUCUUAUGGCCUCCACAUAUUCAUUUUGGUCUCAGUAUAGUGAUUUGGGCGUUGCUGUAGUAAUCUGUGGGGUCAGUAUAGUGAUGGUGUCUGAGUAUCUUACUCUGUAGCCCCAGUACAUUCGCGGUAUGUCAGUGUAGAAGUUGCCACGCCUGCAGGAAAACAACCACCACGUCUCCGCAUCAUAAAGAGCAGCCGGGCAUGGACAGAGCUUCAGUGUAAGGUCAGAUUCUUACGGUCAGCACUUCCUCCCGUUCCUCUGUGAUAACGUGGUCAGGAGAACCUGCUGCAUGCGCCUCGGACCGUCCGGCUGACCGCCGCGUAUCAGGCUUACUUCGCGGGGUAACGGAGAGAAAAACGUCAUUCGGAGGUGAAGUUGAAAGUCCAGGACGGGGCAGCACGUGUUGGUCAGCAGCUGAGCUGAGCUUCACCGCGUAAUGGAGCCUCUGCGCCGCUUCUGCGGCUCGGAUUUCUGGAAUGCCUCUUUGCUGGAUCGUCCGGAUCCGGACCUGCCGGUGUGCGUGGAGAGGACGGUGCUGGUGUGGGUGCCGCUGGCUUUCCUGUGGUUUCGCGCUCCCUGGCAUUUGGCCACACUCUUCAAGAAAACACCUCCCAAAGCUCCGCUCUCCAAGCUCUACAUCUGCAAGCAGGUCCUGGUCUCUCUCCUUUUCCUGACUGCCGUUUCUGAACUUGCUGCCACUUUUGGUGAAGAUUAUGGCUCUGCAAAUAAGAAGAACCCACCAGUGCUGUACGCUAACCCGGCGCUCUUUGUCGUAUCAUGGCUGCUGGUGAUGCUGCUCCAGGAAGCUGUGAGACGCAGGGAGAAGGCUGUCGAUUCUGGAAGCCUCUUCCUCUUCUGGCUCCUGCAGGUCGUCUGUGAGAUCUUCUCUUUCCAGAGUCUGCUGAGAGAGGCUCUGAAAGAGGGAGAAAUAGCCAGUCGCCCUCACUUCCACCUUUUCUACAUAGCCUAUGGGCUGAAGCUAAUCGCGCUGGUCUUGUCAGCCAUGGCAGAUGUUCCACCUGACCUUCAAGACAUGGCAAAGAAGAACCCAGAAGUCGGAGCACCAUUUCUCAGCAGGAUUACAUUCAACUGGUUUAACAGGAUGAUCUUUAAGGGCUACAAGAGGCCGCUGGUUCUGGAGGACAUGUGGGAGUUGAACGAGAUGGACAGCACUGGCUACAUCAGCCAGAGGUUUGAGGAGAUGAUGAGCCAGGAGUUGAGGAAAGCUCGAAUCCGACUGCAGAAGAAGCAGGACCGGAAGAAGAAGUCCAGAUCGAAGCCUUAUUCUGACCACAACGGCCUGGUCAAAGGAAUAAGUCAGGAUAUGUUGAUCAUGAUGGAGCAGAGCGAAAAGAGGAGCAAAAUAGAGAAGAAGGAGGAUGGCGAAACAAAUUAUCCUCACUCCUGGCUGGUGCCCAGCAUCGCAAAGACCUUUAAAUGGGUACUUAUAGAGUCGGCCUUCUUCAAACUGCUGCAAGACCUGCUGGCAUUCGUGAGUCCGCAGCUUCUCAAGCUUUUGAUAGGCUUCACGAAGGACAAGCCCGUGCACGCUUGGCAGGGGUACCUGUAUGCUUCACUGCUGCUUCUCGUAGCAAUCAUACACUCCAUGUUUCUGCAGCAGUUUACUCUGCGAAGCUUCAAGCUGGGGAUGAGAGUGCGUGCUGCCAUCACUGCAGCUGUUUAUAAAAAGGCUCUCACGCUUUCUAACGAUGCUCGGAAAGAGUCCACCGUCGGGCAGAUGGUCACGCUUAUAUCCGCUGAUGCUCAUUGCUUCAACGAGGUCACCAACUUUAUCCAUCUCCUGUGGUCGUGUCCAGUCCAGAUCGCUCUGGCUUUAAGUUUUCUCUGGGUCGAGCUGGGGCCAUCUGUCCUGGCUGGCCUGCUGGUCAUGGUGCUUAUGGUUCCCAUCAAUGGGCUACUGGCCAUCAAGUCCAAGUCUUUCCAGGCAAAAAGCAUGACGUAUAAGGAUAAACGUAUGAAAAUACUGAAUGAAAUCCUCAGUGGUAUCAAGAUUUUGAAGCUCUACGCCUGGGAGCCGUCUUUUGAGGCUCAGAUUCAGGGCUUCAGAGAGCAGGAGCUUCAAGUCAUGAGGAAAUCGGCCUACCUGUCGUCCAUCCCCACCUUCAUUUUCUUCUGUGCUCCAACAUUCGUGUCCUUGGCAACUUUUGCAGUUUUUGUGUCCGUCAGUCCAAACAACGUCUUGGAUGCGGAGAAAACUUUUACCUCCAUUUCUCUCUUCAACAUCCUGCGUGCUCCUCUAGGAAUGCUGCCUCUGUUGAUCUCUGCCAUGGUGCAGAUGUCCGUAUCUAAGAGAAGACUGGAGAAGUUUCUAAGCAGAGAUGACCUGGACAUUAACGCUGUGAACCAUGACAACAGCCACAGUGCUGCCGUGAGUGUGACAGAUGGGACCUUCACCUGGGAAAGGAACGGACAGCCUUUUCUUAAGAACGUGUCUCUGGACAUUAAUCCGGGUAGUCUGGUAGCAGUGGUGGGAGCUGUAGGAUCAGGCAAGUCCUCUCUGAUCUCAGCUCUGUUGGGAGAAAUGCACAACCUCUCCGGCUCCGUCAAUAUCAAGGGAAGUGUGGCGUAUGUGCCCCAACAGGCCUGGAUUCAGAAUGCCACUCUAAAGGAUAACAUACUGUUUGGCUCUGAUCUGGAUGAGCUGAGGUUCCAAAGGGUGCUAGAGGCCUGUGCUCUGGAGCAAGACCUGGAGCUCCUUCCUGCAGGAAUCCAAGCCGAAAUCGGGGAGAAAGGCAUCAACCUGAGUGGAGGGCAGAAGCAGAGGGUGAGUUUAGCUCGAGCAGCCUACAGCUCAGCAGACGUGUACCUGCUGGACGACCCGCUGUCCGCUGUGGACUCCCAUGUGGGGAAACAUCUGUUCGAGAGGUUGAUUGGACCCCAGGGCCUACUUAAGGACAAGACUCGUAUUCUGGUGACCCAUGGAAUCAGCUUUCUCCCGUAUGUGGAUGAGAUAGUUGUGUUGGUGGAUGGUGUCGUGUCCGAAGUUGGGUCGUACAGCAGUCUACGGGCCAGUAAGGGAGCUUUCUCAGAGUUCCUGGACACUUACGCUAAACAAGAGAGCAGUGAGGCCCAGGAAAAGUCUGCUGUAGGCACUCAUGUGGCCAGUGUGGUCAUGAAGGGUCAAGACCCACAGGUCAGUUGCCCUCCUGGGGAUGCCGUUUCUAUCUUGUUGAAAGAAGGAGGCAGUUCACUCCACAGUCAAAGCCAUGCCUGCAACUCCAACAGCAUGAGGGAGAAAGAGAACUUCUCUCCGAGAGCUAAAGAAGAGCUCGGUUCAAAGAAAGGCCAGCGGCUGAUUGAGACGGAGACUGUGCAGACUGGAGGGGUGAAGUUCUCUGUGUACCUGCAGUACCUGAGGUCUAUGGGCUGGUGUUAUGGCACCAUGUUCAUCACGGUCUACUUCAUCCAGAAUCUGGCCUUCAUUGGCCAGAACCUGUGGCUGAGUGACUGGACCAAUGAUGCGGUUAGGUAUCCUAAUGAAAGCACCUACCCUGCGCGUAUCAGAGAUGUGAGAGUGGGUGCUUAUGGAGGUCUUGGAAUGGCACAAGGUUUCCUGGUAUUUGUGGGCACUCUGCUCCUGGCUGACGGAGCUAUCUGCGCCUCCAGGACUCUACACACUCGACUACUGUCCAACAUCCUCAGAGCACCAAUGCUGUUCUUUGAUACGACGCCAUCAGGCAGGGUGGUCAACCGCUUUGCAAAGGACAUGUUCACUGUGGACGAGCUGAUCCCCGCUGCCUUACGCUCCGUCAUCCUCAAAAUGCUGGAGCUCCUGGCCACUUUGGUCAUCAUCUGCCUGGCUGUCCCACUUUUCACAGCUGUGGUCAUCCCUCUUAUUGCAAUCUAUUACUUUGUAGAGAGGUUCUACUUGACCACCUCUCGGCAGCUGAGGCGACUGGACUCUGUAUCUCGCUCUCCCAUCUACUCCCACUUUGGAGAAACAGUCUCGGGCCUCCCGGUCAUUCGGGCCUACGGGUACCAGGAGCGCUUCUUGGAGCAGAACACGGUCACCAUCGACAACAACCUUAAAUGCGUCUGCCAGCUGAUUGUCUCCAACAGGUGGAUGGCUAUCCGACUGGAAUUCCUGGGUAAUCUGGUGGUGUUUUUCUCAGCGCUGUUUGCAGUGAUCUCUCGGGACUCUUUGGACAGUGGACUUGUAGGCCUUUCCGUCUCCUAUGCUUUAAAUGUCACUCUGAUCCUAAACACUCUGGUGAGAAUGACUUCUCAGCUGGAGACUCACGUUGUCUCUGUGGAGAGAGUGAAGGAGUACGCGGAGAUCCCAAAUGAGGCUGCAUGGAUUGCGGAGAAACGCCCUCCAGACGGCUGGCCCUCAGAAGGACGGGUCCGUUUUGAGGACUAUAAGGUCCGAUACCGGCCGGAGCUGGAGCUGGUCCUGCACGGAAUAACCUGCGACAUCCGGAGCAAUGAAAAGAUCGGCAUUGUGGGUCGAACCGGAGCAGGAAAGUCCAGCCUGACCAACUGUCUGUUUCGCAUCAUGGAGGCAGCAGAGGGACGAAUCCUCAUAGACGGAGUGGACAUUGCCAGGCUCGGGCUGCACGACCUCAGGAGCAGACUGACCAUCAUUCCGCAGGACCCAGUGCUGUUCUCCGGGACUCUGCGGAUGAAUCUUGACCCCUUUGAGAAGUACAGUGAUGAGGACAUUUGGAAAGUCCUGGAACUGGCUCAUCUGAAGGACUUUGUGGGGGGUCUGGCAGCAGGACUGCAGCAUGAGGUUGCAGAGGGUGGAGAAAAUCUCAGUGUGGGCCAGAGGCAGCUGCUGUGUCUGGCCAGGGCUCUGCUCCGAAAGUCCAGGAUCCUGAUCCUGGAUGAGGCCACGGCUGCCGUGGAUCUAGAGACAGACAACUUGAUCCAGACCACCAUCCGCCGAGAAUUCGCCCACUGCACCGUGCUCACCAUCGCCCAUCGCAUCAACACCAUCCUGGACAGCUCACGGGUGAUGGUUCUGGACGCUGGGAAAAUCGUGGAGUUCGACUCGCCAGCCACUCUCCUGCAGAAGCAGGGCCAGUUCUUUGCUCUGGCCAGGGACUCUGGGAUCUGUACAGCUGAAACCACAUCGCUAUGAGCUUGUUUUAGCUUCGCUGCUGGGGCUUCACUCACUACUGAUAAGCGUUUACAGCAACGCCGAACCAUUACGUGGUAACAUUUUUCUAGUUUUUGCCUUUUUUGACACCAUAGUGUGGACAGUGAUGCAGAUCAUGCGAGUAAAUGUGGCCUGAUUCUUCACCAGAGGUUUGUGUGACAUGUAAAUAAUAGGAGAAGUAAGAAAAGUGCACUGGUAAUCAAAAAGUGCAUACAGUGCAUUUCCAGUUCAUUAGAUAAUGCUGCUCUGUACUCAUGAGGUCCAGCCACAUGGUAAACCAGCUAGGUGUAUGAUUAUAAACUGUAGACGUUCGGCGUUGGUCAGUUUCUGUCCGUAGGAUGGGUGUUGACCAGACACAGCUAUAUGUAAACCUUUUUUGGGCAGGUAGCACUGGUGCUGUAAAAGUUACAAAUGCUGUACCACAAAUUAUUUAUUUUAGCAGUGAGUAAAAAGUGGAUAAAUUGCUUCUAAAAAUAUCAAUCUCAACCAAUCAACUGUGAAAAAAAACAGGAUGGGUUUGUAGUUCAAUGUUUUUCUGUUUUUCUGUACAAUUAUUACACAUGGGCAUUAUUAGCACUAGUUUUAUCUUUACAUGCAGAGGAACCCACACCAGCAGGAGCACGUAUACUUGGAGUUUUAUGUAUAGUUGGAGUUCAAAUUUUAAAAAGGGAAUCGUAUAGCAAGCCGUUUUUUUUCCACUUGAUGUCUGACUAAUAGCUCAAUCAGAAUAGACGAGUCUUAUUGGGGCCAUUUGGCCAUCACGGUGAGAGUUUAUACCGUUCAACACGGCGGAGCAGAAACUGGUCU